UGGCAGUGUCUUUGAUGUUGUUGUGGUCCAGGUUUGGAGAUUCAUACCAUCACAUUGCAUUACCUCCUAUAUAUAACUUGCUACCUAGGUUUUCUUCCCUUUUAUCUCUCAAGGGAGAGACAAGAAAAAAGAGAAGAAGAAGAAGAAGUGGUUAACGAAGGACAUGAGAACAAGGAGAGGAGCUUGCUAUUCUGGAGUAGUGUCAAGGAUGUGUUCGGAUGUGAGGCUUGCCAAUAAAAACAAGGAUCUGCACAUGCAUAUGCGUGUGCAUGUCGCCGGAGACUCCUUUAUUUAUAGCCGAAAAAGGCAGAAGAAGACGCCGGAAAAAACCGUUACCGAUUACGAUUUUUUUGAGUCUUUGCCGGAUGACCUUGUAAUCUCUAUCUUCUGCAAGCUUAGUUCUACCGCCACUAAACCUUCCGAUUUUCUCAAUGUUUUAAUCACGUGUAGGAGAUUAAACAAGUUAGCACUACAUUCGCUUGUUUUGUCCAAAGUCUCACCCAGAGCUUUCGCUAUUAGAGCCAAAGAUUGGUGCGAUUCGGCGCACCGUUUCCUCAAACACUGUGCGGAUGCCGGAAAUGUUGAAGCCUGUUACACUUUAGGCAUGAUUCGGUUCUACUGUUUGCAAAACCGAGGGAGCGGCGCGUCUUUAAUGGCGAAGGCAGCGAUAAACUCCCACGCGCGUGCUCUGUACUCGCUGGCCGUGAUUCAGUUUAACGGCAGCGGCGGAACCAAAAGCGACAAGGACUUACGCGCCGGCGUGGCGCUCUGCGCCAGAGCGGCGUUUCUCGGCCACGUCGACGCGCUGCGCGAGCUCGGUCACUGCCUGCAAGACGGUUACGGCGUGCGGCAGAACAUCGCCGAGGGGCGGCGGUUCCUCGUGCAGGCAAACGCGCGGGAGCUCGCGGCCGUGUUGUCGACGAGCGCCGCCGCGCGCCACUGGCUGACGUGCAACCUUCAGCCACAGCUUCGGCAGGGGAUCGGAUGUCCGUUGCUCAGCGAUUUCGGAUGUAACGUCCCGACGCCGGAGGUGCAUCCGGCGAGCCGAUUCAUGGCGGAGUGGUUCGCAGCUCGCGGCGGUUCGCCCGGACAGGGGCUGAGGUUGUGUUCACACGCGGGGUGCGGGCGGCCCGAGUCCAGGAAGCACGAGUUUCGAAGGUGUUCUGUGUGUGGCGCGGUGAACUAUUGCUCACGCGCGUGCCAAGCGCUCGAUUGGAAGUUCCGGCACAAGGCGGAGUGCGCCCCCGUGGAGCGGUGGCUGGACGAAGACGGCGAAGACAUCGGAGACGAGGAUAGUGACGGCGAGGUCAUGGCUAUGGCGGAUAGUUAGGCAGUUUUUCUCAUCGUAUCAGUGACGGUAACGGAAAGGGAGGCUGUGUUGGACGGAGGAAGAUUUGAAUCUAUUUUUGGUGAAGAGAGAGAAAAAAAAUAUUAUUAGUUGUCCGUCUCCAAAAAAGAGGUAUAGAGUACUUUUUUUUUCUUGUAUAGUGAGAGAAUUCUCAUGGAAAAUCGAGAGUAGAUUAAUUUUCUCUAUCUUUCCAAUUUCAGAGUUUAACUUUAAUUAGAGAAUCAAUGCUAAGAUCUUAAUGUGAAUUUUAAUCCA